AUGAAGGUUGGGAAGAAAGACACUAAACUGCCUUUGUUUGCAGGCUGGUCGGUUAGCCUGCUUCUGAUUGGAAUUGCUGCAUGGGGCAUCGGCUUUGGGCUGAUUUCCAGUCUCCGUGUGGUGGGCGUGGUCAUCGCCGUUGGCAUCUUCUUGUUCCUGAUCGCGUUAGUGGGGCUGAUUGGAGCUGUGAAACACCAUCAGGUGUUGCUUUUUUUUUACAUGAUUAUUCUCUUGCUUGUAUUUAUUGUCCAGUUUUCAGUAUCAUGUGUUUGUUUAGCCCUGAACCAGGAGCAACAGGCUCAGCUCCUGGAAGUUGGUUGGAACAAUACAGCAAGUGCUCGGGAUGACAUCCAGAGAAAUUUAAACUGCUGUGGGUUCCGAAGUUUUAACCCAAAUGACACCUGUAUGGCAAGCUGUGUGAAAAGCAGCCACCCGUGCUCACUCUGUGCUCCAAUAAUAGGAAGAUACGUGGGAGAGGUUUUGAGAUUUGUUGGUGGCAUUGGCCUCUUCUUCAGUUUUACAGAGAUCCUGGGUGUUUGGCUGACCUACAGGAACCAGAAAGACCCUCGUCCUAAUCCCAGCACAUUCCUUUGA